AUGGCUGCAAACAGAUUAAAUAAAUAUUUAAACCAAUCUUAUCAAGAGGAAGAAAGCAUCUAUAAUAUCAUUCCUCCUGAACCUGUCGCUAUUUUUAAAUCACGUCGUUAUCAUUCUCGCUAUCCCUCUUCCAUAGAUCCCACAGGUUCUACUUUUGGUCAUUAAAAUACAACAAAGCCUGGAAUUUCAAAUUUAGCUGGAGAUUUUUACUCACCUGACUUAGGUCAUUAGAGAAGAAAUAGAGGUGUUUCGUUUGGAUCUCCACCAAAAAAGAGUUAGCAAUCUCCAUCAAAUUAUUUGAGAAAAGGAGAAGGAACAUCAGUUGGAACAAUUCUUAGGCUACCAUAAAUAAAUUAAUCAGUUAAUAAAAAUGAAGUAUCAUUCUAGUCUGCUCUCAAUUAAAGUUAUAUAAUCAAUUAAAAAUGCAAUUCAAGAAAUCCAUCUGUACCAAAAAGGGAGGAAUGUCCGUAUUCCGUGGUUCCUUAAAAGAAAAGUUAUGUUUUAUAAAAUAUAGUUCAAAAUAUUUUGUCAUCUCCACCAAAAAAUGAACCUCAUUAAGAUUGGUUGAAGAAAAAAAAUUAUGGAAAGAUUCCAUUGUAUUUAAGUCGUUUGAAAGAGUAAACAUAGCAGGAAUAUGAAACUCUUAAGAAUUUCAUUGACCAAGAGGAAGCGAUUAAAAAAAGUUAAGUAUACGAAAUACCUCAAGAGGAAUUACAACAAUUGAGGUCCGGAUUAAAAGAAAGAUGGAAUGAACUCAAUUCGGAAUAUUAAAAGACUUCUCAUAAAUCUAAAUUAGAUACUCUAUCGAAGGUUUAAAAGAGAUUAAAUUUAGAAUAGCAGUUAUCAUAAAUAGAAAAAGAUAUAGAAUUAUUAAAUAAAAAAAGGAUUGUAGUUGAUGUAACUAAAUGA